AUAUUAUAUCUCUCUUUGGUAUAAGUUGGAGUCAGCGGUGGAGACAUUGAGAUAAUGAAUCUCUCUGACUUGGGCAAGGAUGUGCUCCACGUUUCUUUCAAUCAGGAAAACACGUGUCUUGCAGUUGCUACUGAAACAGGAUUUUUUGUGUGCGAUGUUAACCCAUUGAAACUCAGAUUUAUAAGAAACUUUGACGAGGGGAUAGGCAUCAUAGAAAUGCUGUUUAGGUGCAAUAUAUUAGCAUUGGUAGGCGGUGGGAGGCGUCCAAAGUAUCCUUUGAAUUGUGUCAUGUUAUGGGAUGACCACCAGGAAAAAAAGAUUGCCGAGUUAGAGUUCAGAACAGACGUUAAGGCAGUGAAAAUGAGAAAAGAUUGUAUUAUCGUUGCACUUGAAAAUAAAGUGUAUAUGUAUAAUUUUGAAGAUCUUCGUCUUUUGCGCCAGUUCGACACAUGCAAUGCUACACUUGGCGUGGUGUCCAUGUCUCUGUCCCACCCAGUGGUUCUUGCAAUUCCGAGUACGACGCCUGGUCAUGUUUUGAUUGAGAAGCGGAAUUUUGCUAUUAUGGAUUCGGAUAGAUCUGAGCCAACAAUUAUCCCAGUAACUCAGUCUCCCAUUUCUCAACUGGAGUUGAAUCAGUUAGGCGUCAAGCUAGCUGUGACGUCGAUGAAGGGGACGGUGGUCAGGGUGAUCGAUUUGAUGACUAAUACAGAGGAGAGAUUUAGAAGAGGAACGACGCCGGCGAUUAUUCAAUGUUUGGCAUUUUCUCUGGAUUCGUCUAUGCUAGCCUGCACAUCUAACAGAGGGACUGUGCACAUUUUCCAACUGGAUGUAGAGUAUAAGCAAAAUCUGGCGCUUGGGUCUAUUUUAAAGAUUACGGGCGGGGAUGAAAAGCGUGCAGUGAUUCAUUUUCAAAUUCCGGAAGACAAUUCUAUCUGUGCCUUCGUUCCAAAAGGGCCAGAAGAUGAUCAAUCCGAAGACUCAAAAAUUUUAGUGGUGUUGGGUGGAAGUGGGGGAUACUAUAAAUUCAAGGUGUUCAACGAGAAUAGAAAAUGGAAGGCAUUGGAAUUGAACAAAGGCAGUAAAUUGUCCUAUUUUGAUGUUUCCUAGCAUUACCAUGGGGCUUUGUUAUCUCUUGUAGACGCUGGCAUAUUUAGUGACACUUGACAAGUGAUGUGUGGGCUUUCUCCAAUGAAAGAAGGGGGAUGAGAGGGAAGCGGCCAGUACCGGGGUCUUGUCAUUCGGAAGGAGGGGGAUUACAAGAUGCGCGUGAGAGCUUGGUAUUUAAGAGGAAAGAGAAGUAGUUGUUUAAAUAUUUUAUUAAUUUUAAUGCACAUUCUAUUUAAAAUGAUCGAACAAUGGCGCAUGUUUAUAUUUUGAUGAUGUAUUUGAGGGUUUUUUUUGAAGCAUCCGUUAAUAGGGAAAAUUUCGUUGUUUAUGACUUUUUCGUGAAAAGGUUUGCGUUUGGUUUGACAGAGAAGCAUGACACCGUCAAUGGAUGUCUGGAGAAUUGCAAGUGCUCAGAAGUUGAUGUACGUGCUAAAUUUUCGUUAGGAUGAGGUUAGAGUCAUUGGCGUCGUCGAAGAUAGGGGGCAAAGUUUAUUUUGUGGGGUGAUGAAAAAUGAGCGCUGCUUUCGAGAGAAGGGUAUGAGAGCUCGAAGAUUGUGCGGAGUCUGGAUUUUAUGGCAAGAGAAGUGAAGGGUUUGAUCAGCUAUGGCGCUGGCGACUGAUGGGUUGUUCUGGUCCAUAGCGAACUUUCGAUAUGCAGAACAAGAAAUGAACGUGCUGAAUUGUACAGACGACAUUUGGCAUUAGCAUGUGCACGUACCUUGUGCGUUUCAGGGUACAGUAG